AUGGCAGAAGAGGUUUCAAACUUGAAAGACAAAAGUGUAUGUAAUGACUCUAGCAAUGAUGAACAAGACGACGCAGAAGAUGAUUGUGGCCAAUCGCUAGAGAAGUUGAACAUUGGCCCUAGGAAGAAACUUCCUGUUCUUGGCCUUGGAGGUUUGCUAUAUAUGCCACAGGGUACACCGUCGUGCGCCUUGAACUGCAUAAUGAAAGGAUUGAGAAGCAAGCUUCUGUUUGCUUGGGAUCAAGAGGAAUGUACUGAUUCUGGGUUUAAAGCCUUGGAGAACAAGCGCAAGCCCAUCUUUUUGAAAGAGUUGAAGAAACUUGCAGAUAAUCGCAGAAUCCAAUAUUCUGCAUCAAACACUUUGCUGAUUGAUGACAAUCCAUACAAGGCCUUACUAAACCCUCCUCAUACAUCAAUAUUUCCCAUUGAGUACAAGUUCACAAGACUGACCAAGUAG